AUGGAAGAUCCAGAUGUUGUGUCAGCUCAGAACAUUGAAGGCAGCCUCUCAUCGUGUCUCUUUUCUUUAGGACAGUUUUGGGUCAUUCCUUCCCUCUCAGUGAAGCCUAACUCUACGGUACACUCUGGAGACAACGUGACCCUGUUGUGUAAGACAGCAUACAGACUGGACACCUUCAUUCUGUCCAAGGAAGGAGCAGCACACCAACCCCAGAGACUAAAACAGAAGCUCCGAGUUCAGGAGUUCCAGGCAGAAUUCACCAUGAGUGCUGUGACAUCUGACCUCUCGGGCACCUACAGGUGCUAUGGUUCUCAAUACUCAUCUCUCUACCUGUUGUCACAUGCCAGUGCCCCUGUGGAGCUCACUGUCUCAGGACCCACUGAAGCCUCUAACCCACCACCCUCAAGUCCUAUGUCAGCUGGACUGGAAAGAUACCUGCAGGCUUUGAUCGGAGUUUCUGUGGCCUUCCUCCUGUUCCUCUUUAUCCUUGUCUUCCUUCUUCUCCGACGAAAACAUCAGGGCAAAUUCAGGAAGAAAGCCCAGAAAGAGACAGAAUUGCAGCUUCCUGCAGGAUCUGCAGCGCCAACAACCAGAGAGAGGGGCCCCCAGAAGAGAUCCAACCCAGCUGCUGCCACCAAGGAAGAAAGCCUUUAUGCUUCAGUGGAGGACAUGAAAUCUGAGGAUGGUGUUGAGUUGGACAGUUCGAGACCACCUGAGGAAGACCCUUCAGGAGAAACAUAUGCCCAAGUGAAACCCUCCAGGCACAGGAGGGCAGAAGCUGUCCUACCUUCUGUUUUGUCAGGAGAAGUCCUGGAAUCAAAAGAUGGAAACAAAACAGAAGAAAGCAGAGAGAUGGACACUCAGAUUUAUGAUCUGAAGUUGGGUGAUGAUACCACCACCAUUGCUGUUUAG